AUGACGAAGAAGAAUGGGAGGUUGCGCUCGAGCAUUUUGCCCUCUGGGUUCGGCGAUCUGGCGACCUACGGGCGUGUUGCGUUGGAGAAAGAAAAGGGGCGGAAUUCCCCAACUCUAGGGACCGAGAGUGUUCGAGCGAAAGCUGCGGUGAGCGCUGUCGGUGGCCUGGUUGAACCCAAGCCUCAGCUUGAAAUUUUGGGAAUUGAAACCUAUGAAGGCGAGAUCGUGCAUGCCGCCCGUUGGAAGCCAGACUUCAUCUUGCAGGGCAAAGAGGCCACCGUCAUCGGCACAGGAUGUAAUGCUAGGCAGGUCAUGCCUUGA